UGGCAUAGCACCUCCUCCCUUAACUGCGCGCAGGCAGACCACCUCGCUUUCAACACUUGGAGUAGACGAAAUGGUUGCAGUUGCAUCUUAACCGAGACUACAUCAGCGUAACAACUAUUAAGGUCAAGACAAACUGGACAAGAAUAGAGCGAUGCCAUCUUGUCACGAAACCUCAAUCCAGUUGCGAAAGGAGCAGGAUGAAUUUAGUGCUCUCCAGAUUUUUGGCAUACCUUCACGUCGGGCUCCAGGUCGCUCUCCAAAUGUUUAUUUACCCUUGCCAUCUGCAUCCCCAGCCUUGCCACAUCCUGGCACGCAUUGGGCACACAGUGCGCUUGGGUGCGCUCCUGCCGACCCGUCAACAGUCCAGGAUACAGGGCGCCCUCAACCGCGCCUUGGUCCACCUCCGGCAAAGUGGGAACAACUUCUUGCCGUACAACCUGAGCUUGGAAGUAUUGUCCCGAGAACCGCUAAAUGGAGACCCGGAGUCCAUGUUCAGGUGCGUGUGUCAGGAUAUCGUUGUUCAAGGAGUCUCCGCUGUGCUCGCGUUCCCACAGAACCACGAGGAGCUCAUACAAGUGGAGUUUAUGUCCUCGUUUUUGGAAAUACCUUUCAUCAGCAUCAUUGAACAGGGCGAACCUCUUAAAACACAGAACCGGUUCCAUCUGCAGAUGAUGACACGUACGCCCCCUUCAGGUCUAGCGGAGCUGCUGUUAGCAGUGUUGCUGAAAGGGGGCUGGCAGGGUGGGGCAGCCACUCUUUGUCCGGGAGGUGGGAACACAGGAAUGCUGGAAGAACUGGAACAGAGGGGUCAUCUGGGACUGGAUGGCGCACACUGGCACCUUUGGGAGACCCUCAACUUGUCCAGACUAGAAACUGGAGCCACAGAGGAAGGAGAUGAGAAAGUGAGGGAGCAGAAGAUGAUGGAGCUUCUCUCACAGCUCUUCAGCAGGACUCCUUCUGCUCCAGCAUCUUCCGUGGUGCUUUUUGGCUCUGACCCGGAAUGUAUGGCCACUGUGCUGCAUAGCGCCCACCAGUUGAGCUUUGCGUUGCCCCUGAUGCACUGGAUAAUGGGAUACCCACUUAGUCUGGAUUCUCUACAUUCCAUCGGCUCCCCCCAGGGCCUUCUGGCUUAUGGGGAGGUGAAUCGCAAGCCCCUAAACUUCUACAUAAGGGAUACCCUGCAGCUUAUUGGCAGGGCAGUGUAUGCUGCUACAAUGGUGAGACCGGACCUGGCACUAAUCCAGAAUAUGGUAAACUGCUUUGACAAGCCCAAUAAACAUGAGCUGCCCUCCUCUGGACAGUACCUUGCCCGGUUUUUGUCAAACACUUCAUUCACGGGGUUGACAGGCCUAGUGCAAGUACAGCACUCCCUCUCCAGGGUGCUUACCUCCCAACGUUUCCACAUCUGGAGUCUACAGCGGGACCCUCUAGGCCAGCCUAGUUGGGUGACCGUGGCGAGUUGGCAGUCGGGCCAGUUGGAAGUGGAGGAACAGGGCCUGUGGCCAGGCAUGACCAAGCGCCACUGGGAGGAGGGCCCAGGGAUCAGGCUAGGUGGCCGCUGGCAAGCAGGACUCCCAGUUGCAGGCAGCAGAUUGCGGGUGGUGACCUUGGUCGAGCACCCGUUUGUUUUCACACGGGAGGUGGAUGAUGAGGGCCACUGUCCAGCAGGCCAGCUGUGCCUUGACCCUCAAACCAACAGCUCUGAAGUCCUCAACCAGCUGUUCAGAGAGCUGGAGCAAACCAACAGCAGCUCACUGCCAACGGACAUCCGUAAAUGCUGCUAUGGAUAUUGCAUCGACCUGCUAGAGAAGUUAGCAGAGGACAUGAACUUUGAGUUUGAUCUUUAUAUCGUGGGUGAUGGGAAGUACGGGGCAUGGAAAGGAAGAAGAUGGACUGGGCUGGUGGGUGACCUUCUCAGUGGUAUGGCUGAUAUGGCCGUCACCAGUUUUAGCAUCAACUCAGCUCGUAGUAGAGUGAUAGACUUCACAAGCCCCUUCUUCUCAACCAGUCUGGGGAUCCUUGUGCGCAGCAAGGACACAGCUGCACCUAUUGGUGCCUUCAUGUGGCCCCUUCACUGGUCCAUGUGGGUGGGCAUCUUUGUGGCACUGCAUAUCACAGCACUUUUCAUCACCCUGUACGAGUGGAACAGUCCAUUUGGCAUGACACCACAUGGACGUAACCGCAUCAGGGUCUUCUCUUACUCGUCUGCCCUGAAUCUCUGUUACGCAAUUCUGUUUGGCCGUACUGUCGCCAGUAAAACUCCAAAGUGUUGGACAGGCCGGUUCCUCAUGAAUCUUUGGGCCAUUUUUUGCCUCUUGGUUUUGUCCAGUUACACAGCCAACCUAGCAGCUGUCAUGGUGGGGGAGAAGACCUUUGAGGAGGUCUCAGGGAUUCACGAUAUCAAGCUCCAUCACCCAUCUCUGGGGUUUCGCUUCGGCACAGUUCGAGAGAGCAGUGCUGAAGACUACGUAAAGAAGAGCUUCCCUGAGAUGCACGAGUACAUGAAGCGCUUCAACAAGCCCACAACUCCAGAUGGAGUUUCUACACUCAAGACAGAUCCCCCUCAGCUAGAUGCCUUCAUCAUGGACAAGGCUCUGCUGGAUUACGAGGUGUCCAUAGAUGCAGAUUGCAAACUCCUGACUAUAGGAAAACCAUUUGCUAUUGAAGGUUAUGGGAUAGGGCUACCCCAGAACUCUCCUCUUACCCGAAACAUUUCUGAAUAUGUCAGCCGCUACAAGUCUGACGGCUACAUGGACAUGCUCCACGACAAGUGGUAUAAAGUGGUUCCCUGUGGAAAGAGGGUCUUUGCUGUGACAGAGACGCUGCAGAUGGGUAUCCAGCAUUUCUCGGGACUGUUCGUGCUGUUGUGUGUGGGGGUGGCAGGUGCUUUACUCACUUUGCUGGGGGAGCACGCUUUCUUCAGAUUCAUCCUGCCUCACCUCCGCCACCAGCAGAGAUUCAAAUACUGGCUCCACACCAGUCAGAAAAUCCACCGUGCAUUAAAUAUGGGUUGUGAGGAUGAGAGAAAAUCAGAGACUGAGAACACAGACAGAUGCCCCACCUUGUGCCUGUCAGAAAACUGCAACCUCCAUCGCCUGCCAGCACCCGCCUCCUCUUCUUCUCCGCCCUCCACCUUCUCGAAUUCCCCUUCCACCUCUACAACCAAGUGGAACAAUCAGACUGCCAAGGCCGUUCGAGAGGCCAAGGAGCAUAACAAGCGUGUCCACUUCAACCUAGAGACACUCAACAGCUAUCAACUGCAAGCUCCGCCCCCUGGACCAGACAGAGGCAGGAGGGGCCUGGUGGGCAGUCCGCCAACUCAGUUGUGCUCCAACGGCGGUCCUAAUCUCAGUCUCAGUUUGGUGCUCUCACCCCCGGCCAGCUCUGGACACUCCACGCCAUGGGAAGAAGAGCUCCAGGAGCUGCAAGGGAGGAUUGAGGAGUUUCGUGGCCGUCUCAGGGCUGCCCUAGCCAGGAGAGCUGAGCUCCAGCGUAGCCUGGUCAGACAAAGGCUCAGCCAUACCCAGACAACCUCUUCUUCUAAUACCGCUGAGCGGUCGGUCUCUUCCACCACCAAUACCCUGACCAAAGACAUCAACAUGCAGAGUUGAUGUAAGUGGCAAGACAUUCAGGAGGGUAACAGUGGAUAUGGGGGAUAAGGGACAAUCUCUCAUCUGAGAAGCCAUGUAGCCCUUUAUUCUGCUUUUGUCCUUUCAGAUUGACAGCUGGGGAGUAAGGUGGGAAUCAACUUGUAAUCCUGCAGUCUGGCUGACUUCCAGCUCAAGAGAGAAAGCAUUUAUCUGUGUGUGUGUGUGCGUGCGUGCAUGCGUGUGUGUGUGUGUUUUAAGCCAGAGAGAGAGCACUGGACCUAGAACAGACCCUUAAAGUGAUAGAUCACCCCAAAAUGAAAUUUCUGUCAUCAUUCACUCACCCACCUGUUGUUCCAAACCUAUAUGACUUUCUUUAUUCUGUUGAACACAUAAGGAGAUGUUAGGCAGUGACAGCCAGUGUUGGGUAAAUUACUUAAAAAGAGUAAUCCACUACAAAUGACUAAUUAUUUCCUCCUAAAUUGUAAUCAGAUUACCUUACUAAUUACUUCAUUGAAAAGUAAUCACAUUACUAAUUACAUUAAUUUUAAGUUAUUUUCUAAAACAUUUUUCUGCUCAAAAAUUCAAAAUAAUGUUCCUUUUUCAUUGUUACAUACCUCACAUUUCUUGUUCACAAUUGACUCGUUCACAAUGACUCGUUAUGGGGCUAUAAUUUAUGUAUUCUAUAUAAAUAAUAUAUAAGAAAUAAGCAUAACCCUAUAAUGUACUGUAAUAACCCUAUAGUCAGUAAUUGUAAUCUGAUUACAAGAAUUUAAAAUGUACUGCAUUACACUACUUUAUGACUUUAAAAGUAAUUAGAUUACAGUAACUAAUUAUUUGUAAUUGGAUUACACCCAACAGCCUCAUUCACCAUUCAUUGUAUGGAAAACAAGAUGCAGGUGAAAGUCCAUGGUGACAGGCUGAUGAUGACAGAAUUGUAAUUUUUGGGUGAACUGUCCCUGUAAUACACCACUCUCUGCUGGCCAAGAUGAAUAUCUGCAUCUACAGAUGUCCAGCAUGAAAAUAGCUUCAUUUUGUAAAUAAUUGAAUGGGAUAAGCAACAAUGGACCAAACUUAAACAUUUGUGUACAUUACUACUUGUCUUGCUGUGUAUACUUUUCCACACUUAUACUGUAUGAAUAGAUAUGUUUGCUUGUGUGUUUAAAUGGUGAUAAAGUAUGAUUGUGUUGGAGAUGUUUGAUUCUCUGAUGUCACAGGCCAUCUGUAUUCCACUGUAUAAUCUAAAUGUUAUAAAGUCUGAAUGAGUUAAUACAUUUACUAUCAUUAAUAAAUACAUUUUGGAAUAAAUAUGUAUUAGUGAAUUUAUUUCAUGUAAUCCUCUGGGGCAUGGUGUUCACUACAAUAAACAGAUAUUUAAAAGCCAUUAGUAAAAAUUCAGUAAUACAAACCACAAUAACAUUUAAUCCUUAUAAAUAAUUCUAU